AUGGAGGAGGGAAGCAACCGCACCCUGGUGACACGGUUCAUCCUUGUAGGUUUCAUGACAGAGCCACACCUGUGGAUGGCCCUCUUUGUGCUCUUCCUCUUCUCCUACAGCCUGACACACACAGGGAAUCAGGGACUUAUGACAUUGAUCUUCCUGGACCCGCGCCUACACAUUCCCAUGUACUUCUUUGUGGGCAGCCUCUCCUUCCUGGAUAUCUGGUAUUCCUCAGUCUACACCCCCUGGAUCCUGUCUGACUGCGUCACCAAGAGCAAAGUCAUGUCCUAUGCCGGCUGUGCUGCCCAGUUCUUCUUCUCCGCUGGCUUGGCCUAUAGUGAGUGCUUCCUGCAGGCUGCCAUGGCCUACGACCGCUAUGUGGCCAUCUGCAACCCGCUGCUUUAUGCCUCCGCCAUGCCCAGGAAGCUCUGUUUCCAGCUAGUGGCCGGCUUUGCCAACGCCAUCAUGCACACAGGAAACACCUUCCACCUCCGUUUCUGUGGGGACAUCACCAUCAAUCACUAUUUCUGUGAUGCGCCACCACUGGUGAAGAUGGCUUGUGAUGACACCCGGGUUUAUGAGCUCAUCCUGGCCACUGUUAUCGGCUACAACGUAGUGGCCACCACCACUCUCAUCCUAGGCUCCUACACAGCCAUUGGGAUGGCCAUCUUGCGCAUCCACUCUGCCUUCUCCACCUGCUCUGCCCAUCUAGUCUCUGUCACCCUCUUCUAUGGCUCCAUCCUUUUCACGUACUCACGGCCCAGCUCCCAGCAUACUCCAGAGUGGAACAAAGUGGGUGCUUUGUUUUACACUGUGGUCAACCCUCUGGUCAACCCCAUGAUCUACAGCCUGCACAACAAGGAUGUGAAGGAGACACUGAGAAAGCCUUUGGGAGAGCCACAGCACCCAAGUGAAUAG